ACUCUGCCGCGUCACGGCGUUGCUAGGAUACAGCAAACUGCCGCCAUUCCUGCGGGUCAGUGACAGUUUGAGUCCGGCCUUUAGUCGGUGUUUUCAGUCCGGUUUUAACGGUUUAAACGGGGACCGUCGGCAGGAUGGAGAUCGUCCAUGUUUACACGAGGCUCCGCAGUGAGUUUGGCCGGCAGUGCCUCCUCUCUGACCGGCCUGCCGAGCUGCUGGUGGACGUUCCUCCGGACCCGAGCCUGGCUCUACAGUUCAUCCAGAAAACCCCCCGAGACCAGGCCCUGCAGGCCUGCCGGGACAUGUCCGAGCACCAGGUGAACACGGAGCGCUUCGAGUCUGAGAGCUGUGGGAUAAACCACGUGGAGGGGGGGUGGCCCAAAGACGUGAACCCGCAGGAGAUGGAACAGACCAUCCGCUUCAGGAAGAAGGUGGAGAAAGACGAGAGCUACAUCAACAGCAUCCUGCAGCUGGGCAGCGUCAUGGAGCACUGCAUCAGACAGAACAACUCCGUGGACAUCUACCAGGAGUACUUUGAGGACGAGGAGGAGGUGGAGGAAAAUCAGGAGCCGCCGUCCGCCAAGACCAUCAACGUCUUCAGAGAUCCCAACGAGGUGAAGCGUACUGUCACCGGUCUGUCGUGGCAUCCUGACGGUGGCAGGAAGCUGGCGGCCGCCUACUCCUGCCUCGAGUUCCAGAAAUGCUCCAAAGACAUGAGCCUGGACUCCUACAUCUGGGACAUCGAGAACCCGAACAGACCGGAGAUGACUCUGAAGCCGGCGUCUCCGCUCGUCUGUCUGGACUACAACCCCAAAGACUCCCACACUCUGGUGGGAGGCAGCUACAACGGACAGAUUGCGUACUGGGACACCAGGAGAGGCAGCCAGCCGGUGGAGUUUUCCUCUGUGGAGCAGAGUCACAGAGACCCGGUCUACAAGAUCAUCUGGCUGCAGUCCAAGACCGGGACAGACACCUUCUCUGCCUCCACUGACGGACAGGUUCUAUGGUGGGACGUCCGUAAGUUGAGCGAGCCCACAGAGCGUCUGAUUCUGGACCCGAGCAGAGAGGGGAACCUGGACCGAGCUUUAGGAGCCAUCUCCCUGGAGUUUGAGUCCACUAUGCCGACUAAGUUCAUGGUGGGGACGGAGCAGGGCGUGGUCGUCUCCUGUAACAGGAAGGCGAAGACUCCGGCAGAGAAGAUCGUUUGUACGUACGACAGUCACCACGGACCCGUCUACGCCCUGCAGAGGAACCCCUUCUUCCCCAAAAACUUCCUCACCGUGGGGGACUGGACGGCUCGCAUCUGGUCUGAGGACAUCAAGGAGUCGUCCAUCAUGUGGACCAAAUAUCAGAUGUCGUAUCUGACGGACGCCUGCUGGAGUCCAGUCAGACCCUCCGUCUUCUUUACCGUAAAGAUGGACGGCAUGCUGGACGUCUGGGACAUCCUGUUCAAACAGAACGACCCCACGCUGAGUCUAAAGGUGUGUGACGAGGCCCUGUACAGCCUCCGGGUUCAGGAUAACGGGCGUUUAGUGGCGUGCGGCUCUCAGCAGGGCGGAGCCACGCUGCUGGAGAUCUGCUCUGGACUGUCGACCCUCCAGAAGAACGAGAAGAGUCUCCUUGCUGCUAUGUUUGAGCGCGAGACGAAGCGAGAGAAGAUCCUGGAGGCUCGCCAGAGAGAGAUCCGCCUGAAGGAGAGGAGCCGGUCGGAGCAGAGCCGGGACGAGGACGGAGGACGAGAGGACGGAGAGGACGGUCCCGAUCAGCUGAUCGUCAGAGCCGAGAAGGACUUCCACAGCGUGGUGGAGACGGAGCUGAGGAGGAGGAGCGAGAGGGAGGACCAGGCGAACCGGCAGGAGAAAGACGUCAGCGAAGACAAAGAAGUGAAAGACGAAGCCGAAACUUCAGAAACUGGAACGUCACAGUGAAUAAAAACGUGUUUAAUGUUUAAUGUUUUGAUGUUUUCACAGUUUGAAAUGUUCUCUCACAAACAGCGACUGUACAUUUUAUUCAAUAAAAACAGUUUCUGGAAAGCAAA